CGGCGGCGGCGGCAUUGUGCGCGCACCAGCAGCCCGGCCCGGGAGGAGCAGGACGCGCCGGGGCCGCCUCCUCCCGCACGGACCCAUGAACCAGCCGGGCGGCGCGGCGGCUCCGCAGGCUGACGGAGCCAGUGCAGCCGGAAGGAAAAGCACUGCGAGCAGGGAGCGCUUGAAGCGCAGCCAGAAGGGCACCAAGGUGGAGGGCCCAGAGCCAGUGCCAGCCGAGGCCUCACUGAGUGCCGAGCAAGGAACGAUGACGGAGGUGAAGGUGAAGACGGAGCUGCCCGAUGACUACAUCCAGGAGGUGAUCUGGCAGGGCGAGGCCAAGGAGGAGAAGAAGGCGGUCAGCAAGGAUGGGACCAGCGACGUGCCUGCCGAGAUCUGCGUGGUGAUCGGCGGCGUCCGCAACCAGCAGACCCUUGAUGGAAAAGCGCCCGAAGGCAGCCCCCACGGUGGAUCUGUGCGAAGCCGGUAUUCAGGGACCUGGAUUUUUGACCAAGCAUUGAGAUAUGCAUCUGGGUCUUAUGAAUGCGGAAUCUGUGGCAAGAAGUACAAGUAUUACAACUGCUUCCAGACCCACGUGCGGGCACACCGAGACACCGAAGCCACCUCAGGGGAGGGAGCCUCCCAAAGCAACAAUUUCAGGUACACGUGUGACAUCUGCGGGAAGAAGUACAAAUACUACAGCUGUUUCCAAGAGCACCGAGACCUGCACGCAGUGGAUGUGUUUAGUGUGGAGGGGGCCCCUGAGAACCGGGCAGACCCCUUCGACCAAGGUGUCGUGGCCACUGACGAGGUGAAGGAGGAGCCCCCGGAGCCAUUCCAGAAAAUCGGGCCAAAAACUGGCAAUUACACCUGUGAAUUCUGCGGCAAACAGUACAAGUACUACACUCCCUACCAGGAGCAUGUGGCCUUACACGCCCCCAUCAGUACUGCCCCCGGGUGGGAGCCACCGGAUGAUCCAGACACGGGCUCUGAGUGUUCACAUCCAGAGGUCUCCCCGUCUCCACGCUUCGUGGCAGCGAAGACCCAGACGAACCAGUCGGGGAAAAAAGCUCCGGCCUCCGUGGUCCGAUGCGCCACCCUCUUACACCGCACCCCUCCAGCCACCCAAACCCAGACGUUCCGCACUCCAAAUUCGGGAUCUCCAGCGAGCAAGGCAACCGCAGCAGAAAGCGCUUUCAGUCGGAGAGUAGAAGGCAAAGCACAAAACCACUUUGAAGAGACGAACAGCAGUUCGCAGAACUCAAGCGAACCCUACACCUGCGGCGCCUGUGGGAUCCAGUUCCAGUUCUACAACAACCUGUUGGAGCACAUGCAGUCCCAUGCAGCUGACAAUGAAAACAACAUCGCCUCCAACCAGUCCCGAUCGCCACCUGCUGUUGUAGAAGAGAAGUGGAAACCUCAGGCCCAGAGGAAUAGCGCCAAUAACACCACUACCAGUGGUUUAACACCCAACAGCAUGAUCCCUGAAAAGGAGCGGCAGAACAUUGCAGAGCGGCUGUUGAGGGUCAUGUGCGCCGACCUGGGUGCACUGAGCGUGGUCAGUGGGAAGGAGUUCCUGAAGUUGGCCCAGACCUUAGUAGACAGUGGUGCCCGCUAUGGGGCCUUCUCAGUCACUGAAAUCCUGGGCAACUUCAACACGCUGGCACUGAAGCACCUGCCACGCAUGUACAACCAGGUGAAGGUGAAAGUGACCUGUGCCUUAGGCAGCAAUGCCUGCCUAGGCAUCGGUGUCACCUGCCACUCCCAGAGUGUCGGCCCUGACUCCUGCUACAUCCUCACAGCCUACCAGGCCGAGGGCAACCACAUCAAGAGCUAUGUGCUUGGUGUGAAGGGUGCGGACAUUCGCGACAGCGGCGACCUUGUGCACCACUGGGUGCAGAACGUGCUGUCGGAGUUCGUGAUGUCGGAGAUCAGGACAGUGUACGUGACGGAUUGCCGGGUGAGCACGUCCGCCUUCUCCAAGGCCGGCAUGUGCCUUCGCUGCUCAGCCUGUGCCUUGAACUCGGUGGUGCAGAGCGUGCUGAGCAAGCGGACGCUGCAGGCCCGCAGCAUGCACGAGGUAAUCGAGCUGCUCAACGUGUGUGAGGACCUGGCGGGCUCCACGGGCCUGGCCAAGGAGACCUUCGGGUCGCUGGAGGAGACGUCGCCACCGCCCUGCUGGAACUCGGUGACGGACUCACUGUUGCUGGUGCAUGAGCGCUACGAGCAGAUCUGCGAGUUCUACAGCCGGGCCAAGAAGAUGAACCUCAUCCAGAGCCUCAACAAGCACCUACUCAGCAACCUGGCGGCCAUCCUGACGCCGGUGAAGCAGGCAGUCAUCGAGCUGAGCAACGAGAGCCAGCCCACCCUGCAGCUGGUGCUGCCCACCUACGUCAGGCUGGAGAAGCUGUUCACGGCCAAGGCCAACGACGCAGGCACCGUCAGCAAGCUCUGCCACCUCUUCCUGGAGGCGCUCAAGGAGAACUUCAAGGUGCACCCGGCCCACAAGGUGGCCAUGAUCCUGGACCCGCAGCAGAAGCUGCGGCCUGUGCCACCCUACCAGCACGAGGAGAUCAUUGGCAAGGUCUGCGAGCUCAUCAACGAGGUGAAGGAGUCCUGGGCCGAGGAGGCCGACUUCGAGCCCGCUGCCAAGAAGCCCCGCUCUGCCGCUGGCGAGAACCCCGCAGCUCAGGAAGAUGAUCGGCUGGGCAAAAAUGAAGUGUACGAUUACCUGCAGGAGCCCCUCUUCCAGGCUACCCCUGAUCUCUUCCAGUACUGGUCGUGCGUUACCCAAAAGCACACAAAACUCGCCAAGCUCGCCUUCUGGCUCCUGGCGGUUCCGGCCGUGGGUGCCAGAAGCGGGUGUGUAAAUAUGUGUGAACAAGCGCUUCUAAUCAAACGGAGGCGGCUGCUCAGUCCAGAAGAUAUGAAUAAACUCAUGUUUCUGAAAUCCAACAUGCUUUAAGACUUGGCUUCGGGGAAAAAAAAAAAAGAAAAAGAGAAGAUAACAUUAGAAAAAAACCACACAACACUGUCACAAACAAAGAAAAGGAAUUUAAGUUCUAAACACUGUGGACCUCAUUAUAAAUGCCCCCUGGAAUCUUAAGUGCUUUUUUUUAAUAUGUGUGUGUGUGCGUGUGUGUACACAGCCACACGUGUGUGCACAUGUCUGAACACAUGUGCUGUGGUUGUGGGGGUGUGGGGGGUCUCUGUGCUCAUCUCCAUGGCCAGAGAAACUUCGCACACACACGCGCGCACACACACACACACACACACGACCCUGGUGCGUGCUGGUGCGUGUACACACGCCUGUGCUUGGACGGGUGUGCAUUGAACUGGGCGUGUCAGGAAAGCUGAGCGAUUGGGAAAGAGGGAGAUGUUUCACCUCCUUUUCUCAGUAAGGGGGCUUUAGAAGACUCCGCUUUCAGGUGUGCAGAUUGGCAGAAAGCUGAUGUUGUGAAAUGUUCAGGCAGCUGAGAUCUGAAGUGACUUGACGCUCUCUGUCCUUCACCCCGGUCCUCCUUUUCCCGCCUUGACCCUCUUCCAGCCCUCUCACCCUCCUGAUCCCAUUGUGCGCCCGCCCCCACACACCCUCGGCUGCUCUGCUGUGGACUCUCCACACUGCAUCAGAUGGACGGUUUCUGCACUGGACUUUGUUUCUCGUUCACCUUCAGGGCAUUGAGCUGCUGCCUUUGAGAUACCCCUUGGGUGUCCUGGGGCAGCCGCCUUAGAAACACACCUAUCUAUCUCCCCAAAUCAGGAAAGGAGACUUAAAGAGUAUAAAGCUGACAUUUUGCUUUUUAAUAUAAGAGAGGAGAGAAAGACAUUUUUCAGAGAAGUAUAGAUACUGUCUCCACUCCCUAAUAAUUUCUCUCCCGAACAUUUUAGCAAUUUUACCUUGUUUGGGGGUUCAUUUUGUUUCUUCAGAUUUGAUUUAGACUCUGCUCAGAGGCACUGAAUGUCUAUAACUUAUGUUUUGGAGUUUUGUUUUUUUACUUGCCCCUUUUGUUCCUCAAGUCACACUGUAAACUAGCUCAUCUCAGUGGUAUACUCAGUAUCCUACGGUCUUUCUUGGCCUUCCCUGUACAGUUCAGUUUUCACAUAUUCGAAUGGCCAAGAUCAGGUUCUUGGCUGUGCUAUUUGGAGACCAGGGGUUGGGGAGGAGUCACGGGUUCCACAGCUGCAGGGUUUGGUGGCUGUAGGGGAAGCAGUGGUUUGGGAGUUCUGAAUGUAAGCGCCAGAGCUGCCCUCCUGGUCCGCUGUGCGUGGUACCCAGUGUCCAUCACACUACUCACCCCCUCCCCGACCCUGGCAGUCCACAGCGACUCCGAAGUCAGCCUAUAGUCACAUCCACCACACCUGAGACCUGCCACAGCCUCUCCUCACUUCCCAGGACCCUGAGGCUUCCAGGAGCUCUGCUGCCACAGCCCUCGGGGUCCUCACUCACACCUCCGACUUCCAGGACGGCAGUGAGCAUGGUGCGUUGUGGCCCCAGCAGUUGAUGUUCCGAGGGUGGGAUGGUGUUUGGCCAUGUUCGACUCGAUGCUGUGAAAGAUGUCUUCAGGCUUUUCUCUCCUGUUCCCCCAGCUGUGAGCAAAUUAGGUUCUACACACACAGUUCAGAUGCCAAGGGUGACACCCCAUUCCCUUCACAAGAGGUGGUUCUGUCACAAAUCAGCGCUCCACCCCCACCACACCUCUCAGUGAAUAAAGUGCUGGUGGUCUCACUCCCCUGGCCACCCUUAGCCAUGGGAUGGGGUGGUUACACUAAGGCUUCAGGCUGAGAAUGGCCAUCAUGACGGGAGGCUGUUCGCAAAGGCACCUUCUGUCAUCCUGGGGUUGGCUAAGUCAACUCUACCCCUUCCCAAUAAUAAAGCAUUACUCAACUGUGAGAUACCUCGACUACAAAAAGCACUGUACCACAGCCCUCUCCCCCUAGGUCCAUGACGGGAGCAGGGAGUAAAGUUGAUUGCAAACCUCAUGAAGGCUUUAGGAUCAUGGACCUGGGACAUCGUGUUUGGGAGCCGAGCCUGCACACUUUGCCUCAUGAGAACUCGCCCAGCUCUCCCCUUGAGUCUUGGACACACUGAAAUGGAUCAAAGUGGGCCAUUUCCACAUUUGCUCCAGCAAACCGUGGUCUCAGGAACUACCAUGCCAUUUCCUCUCCUGGAGAAGUUCUAGGUAUUUCCUCCACAACAUUUCCAACUGAGGGACCGAGCCCACUUAUCAGAGAAGAGCCGCCAUCCACACUGGAGCAGGAACGGGGAGAAAUCCAGACAGGAGCCUCAUGUCACUUCCUAGGGAAUAUGGAAAGAAACAUCAGCAUACUUCUCAGUUGGGCCUUUGGAGGCAUUCUGGAAGGUGGCCUCAGCAUCACUGAUGAUUGACAGAUGCCUACAGCAAAAGGUCCCUCUAGCGUUGCUUGACUGCUGGGGAAGGGACAGUGACUGGCACUUUGACCCACACCAGGAUAGGAGCUGCCUACUUUGUGUGGUAGGUGAGAGCGGAGUCUGGGAGCCCAUCCUCCCUCUACUUGGAGCAAAGUUGUGCUGGUGAUGCCCCAUUAUUGGGCCAGUUGAUUAGAAAAUAGGCAUUUCACUUUCUUGGAAAGCCAUCGGACUAAGCCCAGAUGUGCAUUUAGAGCACUCAGCAUUCUCCUCUUUGAAGCAUGGGAUGUGUGUCCUCCAGGAAGAGAUUUGAUCAUAGGUUACCUCCCUUUCCCUUCUUUUCCACCUGAAUUCAAUACUUAGGGGUUGGCUUGCUUCUGCAGGUUUGAUGUGAAUGCCACUAGGUACUCAGAAAGCUGUCCUCUGGGGCUGCCUUGUCCAGUCAGAUAACAAGAUAGUAGAUGAUCAUUUCUUGCAACCUCUGGUUCCCUCUGGAAACUGGUGUCACCAACAGGAAAGGCUGUACCAAGGUGCCCUCUUCUCAGACAGGCUGUUCUCAGAGUGCAAAUCCUGCUGCAACUAACAGCUUAAUAAAACCCAAAGAUCUCACAAGUCCAGCUACUGGCCCCUUUAUCUCCAACAAUAUCCACCUCACCAAAUUCUAGUUCAGCCAAAGGAUUGAGACAGGCUCUUCCAGUUCAUCUGGUGUCCAGCCUGACCUUCACAUCUGGAAGGAUUUUGUCAUCUGCCUCCCCGUUCUGGGGCCACUGUAGGUCUUUCCAUCACAAGCCUUUGGGGGAUCUGGGACCAGGAAUUUGGGCCGUUUCUACCAUAUUCUCACAGCCUAAGGUGGUGGCCUGCUGAUGUGGAGACAACUAGCCUUGAGCCAUGUGGUCCCCAGGACAGAAAUGGCCUUUGUUUUGACAUACAUGGACCCAAGAGGGGAGGUGAAGAAAACACACCUCCACCUGGCAAGUUUUUCUCCCUCAUCUGAGGUCAGUUUGCUUCAGCAACAAAGCCCAAGCCAAGAACCGCAGCGUUGAGGGUGGUCCCUCAGAGUGGAGUAGCCUGAGGAAUCUCAGGUCCACCAAGAGCAGUGGUACCAUCCGGGCCGUGGGUGGAUGCCCUUGUUCUGGCACAGUUCUCCACUUCCCGAUGCCUGGCUCAGCCAGCCAGGCCUCCCUCUAAUGGCAUUUAGUAACCAGGAAACAAAACGCAUGCCACCUGAGCAGAACUGCCUGCACUGCGUCUCUGGGUGUUCGCCGCACAGAGGCCACCUGCUGCAUCACCAGCGAUGAAGCUUUGCCACCAUCCUGCUUGGCAGCUUCACACUUGACAUCUGGGGAUUGGUUUUUGGCUGGAAAAAGGGUACCAGGGUUUCCUGGCAAGGACAGGAGGGCAGUGCAGUGACACAGAUGAGAAGCUGUGAGUCUCCAGGAUUCAAGGAAGCCACCAGGUGUGUAGGCUGGGAAGAGACAUCUCUUUCAGUUUCACCUUUAUCUCCUGCACUUUAAAGAAACACCAGAGAAAAAAUCUACAAGGCGUGUUUCCACUGAAGCUGAACCUCUGCCUUUAGGAGUCCCCUGUUUUUGAACAAGGCCACCUGCUUCCCCUGGACUUGAGCUGGACUCCUUGAAGAGGAGGCUUCUGGAGAGACGUUAGGAAUAGCACAUGCUCUCCAGGGGCCACAGGGUCAUCGGGAAGAUUUGAAAUGAAGAUGGGAUGUGGCUGGAGCAGGCUGUAAGAUGGCUCCAUUGGGGACACUCCCCUCAUCUUGUCAUCAUGAUGGAUAUGCUGGAAGAGGAGGUGUCUCAGUGAGCCGCCCCAAGUUCAUAGCUUUGCCUUCGCCUUGGCAACAGCGGCAAUGCCUCUAUCUCUGGGAUGCAUCUUAAGGAGGGCUCCUAACAAGGCCGAUGAUUUAGACAGAACAAGAGACUAAGGAAGGUCCAGCCAUCCCCUGGAGCCAGUAGGUGGGAGCUCCUGUCCCCGCCAGCCCUGCUCCGGCCCCCGUGUCCAGCUGGGCCAGUGGAAGAACUGGGAAGGAGGCAGCCCCUCCCUUUCACUGUGGCUAAUGUUUGCUAGGCCAGUUAUGGUGAACCAAUGAUACAGUGUUUUCCCUCUUAACGUUCCCCUCCUGGUUUUGCCUUUUCAGGGUUUUCUGGGGGAGUUUGUUGUAGUAGUUGUUUUUCCUCCUCUCUCAUUUGGGUUUGAGGAUUGUGGUCGGGGGAGCCCUGGCUUUCACCAAAGGAGCCCGGUGGUUUCUGUGGAAGAGGCGCCCACUCCCACUUUAAUGAGGGUGAAGAUUGUCGGUCACUGUUUGACAUAUUCAUGCCCCGCCCCUCCCCCCGCCCCGCCCACCACGGGUGUCGCUUUAAAGAGUCAAUUCUUGUACAGAGAAGGAUUUGCUAGGUUUGCAUUUGGGCGUUAGCAUCACGGCCCACGAGGGCCCUGCCCAACCGUGCGUUCCGUGGGGCACCUUGACUCUUCAAACCAAAAUUCCUUAAAGGGGCACAGCCCAGCCUUGUCCGCAACCUCAGGGGCCUGGGAUUCCUGUGGCGCUUCCUGAAUUCCAGGUUGGCACAGAUGAGGAGGUCUGAGACCAGCCGGAAGGAGGGGCUCCUCCCACAACCCAGGUGCCAGCUGGUCUCCGCCUAGGACCUUCCCUCCCGCCCAGCCAGGGUGGGCGGCAUCCCACGCGGUGAAACGAGCUCGUGGACUGACCGGGGGCUGGGCCUUGCCAGCCAGGAGAGAGCGAGGGCCGCAUGGUGGGGCUGGCCCAGGCAGCUCGUCCAGGGCCAUUCAGAUCCCAAGCAUCAGGAAAUCAUUUUGUACAACCACCCGAAGCAGAGAUAUUUUUUAAGAAGCGUAAAUUAUUUUCAGUUGUUUUCUGAUCCUACCUUUUUCUUUUCCCCACAACUUCACGCCAGUGAUUCGUUCACAUCAGGUAAAUUUUGAGAAAGCCUUGGUGCCCUCCUCCCCACCCCCCACUCAGUAACCACGUGCGUGCACCCCCGAAUCCUUUCUCAGUAGUUAAGACGUUCUAGGCAAUACCAUAGACACAUCUAACUGUGUCUCUCUCUUCGAGUGCAAGAAACUCAAGUCAUCUUAAAAAAAAAAAAUACAAAAAAAAUUUACAAAAAAACAAACACAAAAAAAAUAUCUUUUUUAGGCCAGAGUUUUCUACAGGUAUUAAUGAAUAUUUUUCUUAAUCCUUAUAAGUUUUAUGUGUUUAAUAUUUCUUAAUACCGGUAGCAUUAAUUUAUACUUUUGUAGCAACACAAUAUUUUUAUAAACAGCCGGUGCUUGGCUCAAGUCUUCACGAGGGGUUUAUGCAGGGCCAUCUUGGGGACCCUGUGUACCAUGUACUGUAUUUAAAAAAAAAAAAAGUUACCUAGUGUCACACUUGCUGUGUUAAUUAACAAAAGACGUUGUGUGCGGUCUCCUGUAUCGGUGUGGAUCCAACAGCUCUCCAGGGAGUCACAUUGCAUGGGGGUUGAGUUGACGGUUCUUGCUGUGAUAUGUAAACCCCCGAGACCAAACUUGAGGGUUUAUGUAGGGUUUUCUGUUUGUCCUUUGGGUUUUUGUUUCACUUUGUUUUGGUGCCGUUUCUCCAUUUACAGCCAAAUCAGUUUCAUGAUGUUCAAAACAUUUACUGAUGUCAAAUGGAGGAAAGGAACAGAAAACAAGAUUUUUACAAAGUAAUAAAAUUUAAAACUGAGCUGUUUAACGUUGCUGUUUUUACUUGUCUGUUCUUGUCCAAAAGUGGAACAUUCCCAGGGAGAAGAGGAAGGUUCCACUCGGUUCUUUAAGUCGCCAAAAGCCCCAGCCCAGGAUUCAGUACCUCCCCUGCCCCCUGAAUUCUUGCAGCACUAUUUCCCAGUUGGUUGAUGCCAAGGCAAAAAGAUACCUUUUAACGGUUAGAGAGGAUCAGUUGCUUAAAUGAUUUCAUGUCAGUGUUGUAUUUAUGGUUUUACAAUAAAACAACCUUUAGAAAGA